AAUCACACCCACCCACGCCAGACCACAAUGUCCCGCCCCGUCCUGUCAUCGCUGGCACCCAGCCUGCGCCGCAGCGUGAUGCACCACGCGCGCCCGCCCCGCGUGCCCGUCCUCAAGUCGCCGCACACAGUCCACGUUCCCCGGCCGACAGAGGGCACGUCGACGCCGCACCCGACCAACCUCGGCGGCUCGUCCGCCCAGGCGCCCGCGUCCUCCAGCCUGGGCGGCAGCCUGACGUUCCACCACGCCCCUCCCCCCUCAGCGCCCUCAUACACCUCCGGCACGACGCCCGACCUCCUCCGCUGGGUCGGCGGCGAGGGCGUCCGCCUGACGGGCGAGGAGGCCGCGCCCCUCCGCCGCGCGCGCAAGGCGCACGAGGGCAGCGCCGAGUGGGCAAAGGAGACGGUCGAGCGCAUGCAGGCUCUGCGUGCGCAGGGCAAGUCGCGCAAGGAGAUUGCCGACGAGCUGUCAAUCCCAGAGUCCCAACGCUACCUCAUCUCCCGUGUCGCCCCCCUCUCCGCUCAGCAGGCCCAGGAGAAGGCCGCAGAGCUCAGCAGGCAAAAGGCCAGCUGGGGCGCGCGCAAGCGUCUCAGUCGCGACAUCCGCGAGAAGCGCAAGACGUUCUGGUAGGCCCAUCACGGGGCAUUGUAGAUUAUGUGCAUGCUAUCAUGGGCUACGGC